AUGGGAAACCAAGAGGGUAGAAGUCAAUGUAUGGCUAUUGAAGAUAUUGCUCUUGGCAAAUGUAGUCCAAUGUAUGGAAGGUCUGGUAGUCUUUCUCCUAUAGACCAACCUUUCAAAGAAAGCUCCAAAGAAGUUUUCACUCCAAGACUUUUUAAGACUCCACGACUUAAUUCUACUGAAGUUCAAAGUAAAAAAAGAGCGUUUUCUUUAUCACGGGUUAAUCAAACAACCCCCUCAUCACCUAGAAAAUUAAAAAAUAUAGAAAUUUCAUAUACUCCAUCUAGUUAUAAAGCAGAAAAUACUUUUAUUAAUAUAAAUUGUAUUGAUCACCGAAGAGAAGAUUCUCGUUCAAGGUCUAAAAGUCAUUCACUUUCAAACUCUAAGUCAGUGUCAAGAUCAGCAUCUCCUUCUUUUAAUAAAGAAAGAGAAAUAAUACGACUUAAUGAAAUAAAAGUUAAAGACUAUAGAAUAGAAAAAUUAAGAAAUUGGAUUGGAAAAAGUAAUUAUAAAAUAAUUUACGACAGUAAAUUAGAUGGUCUUACAGCACGUGAUUUAAAUUCUCAUGUUUGUGGAAAGGGUAAUAUUGCUUUUAUUGUAUUAAGAAAUGGAGGGGAAUGUUUUGGAUGUUAUCAACAUGAUCCAAUUGCACUUUCUAGACCUACAAACAACAAAUUAUUUUCUUCAAAUCGUUUCUUUUUGUUUGUCUUUAAUGGAGCAUUAAAUUCUACGUUUAAGAGAAAAACUGAAGAAACAAUUAUUGUUCAUCCAAACAAUGAUCCAUAUUUUGUUUUCACUGCUUGUUCUGCAUUUUGGAUUCUUCAAGAUGGAACAGUUUCAUUUCAUCAAUUAAUAAAAGAAAAUUAUAUUAUUCCAGAUAUUGUAACUAACCCAUUUUGUUGUAAAUCACUAAUGAAGAAAAUACCAAUAGACACUUUGCUUGCUGUCCAAUGGUAUUAA